ACAUCUUCAUCGUUUCUUUUCAAGUUAUCUUGAAGAGCGUUUGUCUCGUAGGUGCUGCUGAAACACCAACAUUUUUUCAGCCAUGAAUAUUCUAGUGGCUUUGGCCGUGUUUGGCGCGGUCCUCUGCAGUGUAAGCGCAAAAGAGGGUAAACCAAAAGUUCAGAUCUACAGCAAAUUUCCAGGCGAGUACGGAAAGGACAACGUCCUCAUCUGCCAUGUCAGUGGAUUCCAUCCUCCCAAUAUUAAAGUUAAGCUGAUCAAAAAUGACGCUGACAUCCCUGGCACCAAGACCUCCGACUUGGCCUUCAGGAGGACCUGGGACUUCUACCUGACUCAGAGCGUCCCUUUCGUUCCCAACAAGAAUGACAGAUAUAGCUGUGUGGUGGAUCACAGCACCCUGAGCAGCCCUAGCAUUUUCACAUGGGACCCUGAUAUGUAAGGACACCCCUGUAGUGAUGGGAAGAUCUUCAAUCUGAUUUUGAUGAACUGCUCGAAUUUCACUUUUUCAAAUUAUCAAUAGCUAUCAAUAAUCUGGUCAUUUAUUAUAACUUCUCUCUCUUCUCCAUAAGAUUGGAAUGGCUUCUUUGUUUUAGCACUUUCUUUGUUUUUGCUUGAAAUGUUUUGCGUCUGACAUCUGUACUGCAGAACUGCCACCCAAGAGAGCCAAGGUGGUGGGAGCCUGGAGCGCCUCUAGAGGUGAGAGCUGGAAAAGCAGUCAGCUCCAUCCAGCCAGUCUGCACCCUGCUAAUUGGCCAGUCUGGGAAUGAAGAACUGAUUUGUCCAAUCAGAUACCUGACUGUUCAAGUGGGCGGGGCUUGAGUAAAUCAUAGCUAGACAGCUCGAGGUGUCACUGGGGUCCCGGCUGACGGAGGCUCGUAUUUAUCCACUGGGUAUAAACUUUGCUCGUAGGUGAAAGGAGAGAAUUUCUUUAUUUUUUUCUUUAAAAUAAAUUGUGGUAGUAGUUCAGUUAAGAUGAAUAUGUUGUUUUUCAAAGUGACUCUUUACAGGUGUUUGAAAUUGGGGAGUGCAGAACAAGUUCUGAUUGUGGAGGUGCAAACAUUUAAAAAACAACCUUUAAAAGAAAAUUGCAACAUAAAACCCUAAGAAAAGAAUAAUACAAAAAAAAA